AUGUGGGAGCCUCACGGUGCUGAGGCGUUCGCGGCGGCCCUCGGAGGCGCCCUCUUCCUGCUGCUCUUCGCGCUGGGGGUCCGCCAGCUGCUGAAGCAGAGACGGCCGUCGGGCUUCCCCCCGGGACCGUCGGGGCUGCCAUUUAUCGGCAACAUCUACUCGCUGGGCGCCUCGGCCGAGCUCCCCCACGUCUACAUGAAAAAGCAGAGCCAGGUGUACGGCGAGAUCUUCAGUUUGGAUCUUGGAGGUAUAUCAGCUGUGGUUUUAAAUGGCUAUGAUGUAGUAAAGGAAUGCCUUGUUCAUCAAAGUGAAAUUUUUGCAGACAGACCAUGCCUUCCUUUAUUCAUGAAGAUGACAAAAAUGGGAGGCUUACUCAAUUCCAGAUAUGGCCGAGGAUGGGUUGAUCACAGAAAAUUAGCUGUAAACAGCUUUCGCUGUUUUGGAUAUGGCCAAAAGUCUUUUGAAUCUAAAAUCUUAGAAGAAACCAAAUUUUUCAUUGAUGCUAUUGAAACAUACAAUGGUAGCCCUUUUGACUUUAAACAAUUAAUAACAAAUGCCGUUUCAAACAUAACCAAUCUGAUCAUUUUUGGAGAACGAUUCACUUACGAAGACACUGAUUUUCAGCACAUGAUUGAGUUAUUUAGUGAAAAUGUGGAACUAGCCACCAACGCCGCAGUCUUCCUCUAUAAUGCCUUUCCAUGGAUUGGCAUCUUACCUUUUGGAAAACAUCAACAACUGUUUAGAAAUGCAGCUGUGGUCUAUGACUUUCUCUCCAGGCUUAUUGAAAAAGCUUCCAUCAACAGAAAGCCUCAGUUACCUCAGCAUUUUGUUGAUGCUUAUUUAGAUGAGAUGGAUCAAGGUAAAAAUGACCCAUCAUCUACUUUCUCCAAAGAAAACCUGAUUUUCUCUGUGGGUGAACUCAUCAUUGCUGGAACUGAAACUACAACCAAUGUGCUACGGUGGGCAAUUCUUUUCAUGGCCCUUUAUCCUAACAUUCAAGGACAAGUUCAGAAAGAGAUUGAUUUAAUUAUAGGACCCAGUGGGACACCUUCUUGGGAUGACAAAUGCAAAAUGCCUUAUACCGAGGCAGUUUUACAUGAAGUUUUAAGAUUCUGUAAUAUAGUGCCGUUAGGGAUUUUCCAUGCAACCUCUGAGGAUGCAGUUGUACGUGGUUAUUCCAUUCCUAAAGGCACAACAGUAAUUACAAAUCUUUAUUCUGUACACUUUGAUGAAAAGUAUUGGAGAGACCCAGAAAUAUUCUAUCCAGACCGAUUUCUGGACAGCAAUGGAUAUUUUGCCAAGAAGGAAGCUUUGGUUCCCUUUUCCCUAGGGAGAAGACAUUGUCUUGGAGAACAGCUGGCUCGGAUGGAAAUGUUCCUGUUUUUUACAACAUUGCUUCAGCGAUUUCACUUGCAUUUUCCAAAUGAACUGGUUCCAAAUCUGAAGCCCAGGUUAGGCAUGACGUUGCAACCCCAGCCCUACCUCAUCUGUGCAGAAAGACGCUGAAAGUGCCUGGAUGUUUCGUGGAACAAGGUGUUUGCCUCACCCCUGACCCUUGU